AUGUCUGCUUCAGAAUUUCCCAGUGAGAUCCUUUACAAAAUAUGCCGAACUCUUUACAAUAUAACCAAAUCGAAGACUCACCUCUUCAACUGCCUCCUUGUGAACAAACACUGGAGUUCCGUUGCAGUCACUUUGGUUUGGGAGGAUAUUCGUUAUAGUACUGGACAGGCGCAAACAGUUUGUAAAAUGGUUGCAGAUAAUUUUAAAUCCAUUGACCACACAGUCUAUUACCAAUACCCAGCCUUUUUGAAACUGUUUAAUCUCGCCUAUUUCGUUAACAUGCUGCCAUAUUUCAUUGAGGAGUUGGACAAAAAAUACUCGGUUAAAAUCAAAAAAGAGGAUCUAUUGUCACCGUUCUUGGAACUUUACGUUCGAUACGCUGCUCAAGUACGGGACUUGGCCAUCUACGAAGACACGAGAAUCAGCCAAGUUUUAAUAAGCCCGGAAAUGAUUGAUACAAUUCUCAGAUAUAGUAGAACUUUGUUUUCGAACAUCACACUGUUGCAUUGCAAAGGACUCAUCGAAGAAACAUUGAGUAUAGGAGAAGAAUUUCUGAGCUAUGGUGAUAAUGGAAGUGAUAUAUCCGAUGAUUCUUCUGAAAUCAGUGGUCUUAUCCGCUCUCAAACUAAUUUGAAAAAGUUUGCUUAUUAUGCUGAAACGGACAUCUCUCAUUUUAUCAUACCCGUGCUCAAGACUUUGGAAGAACACGUACCGAGAUUGGAAGUCUUGGAAAUUCAUAACGUGCAAUUCAGCAGGCCCCUCAUCUCGCGCCUUAUUGAGUCUUUGGAGAGAUUCAAAAAUUUGAUACUCUUAAAGUUCUUUAACUGUUCCGAAAUAGAGUAUUUGGUGCAUCUUUUUAGUCAAAUGAAAACGUUUAGCGAGAGAACACUGGUCGGAUUUGUAUCUUGCAUGUUUCAGGGUGAAGAGUUUACAUUCCUUUUGCAAGAUAUUUUAAGUUCGGAGUCUGACGAGUCAUAG